CCUCUGGGAGUCUGCUGGAGGCCCGUGGCCGCCCCUGUGCGUGCACCACGCCGCCCCCCGGCUGGCACGGCCGCCCCCCGCCCGCUGCCCUGUGAGCAGGGCUCCUGCCAGCGGAGCUCCCAGCCGCCAGCAAGACCGGUCAUGUGGUCGGAGCUUGUGACGGUGGCCUGUGAUCAGAUGACAGAGACUGGCCUUUAGUCCUCAGUGGUGGUCACCAGAGCGUUCUUCAGGGCCUGAGGCCCAGCCCCUGCCACCAUGUCGGGAUCCACGCAGCCCGUGGCACAGACGUGGAGGGCCACCGAGGCCCGCUACCCGCCCCAUGGCAUCUCUUACCCGGUGCAGAUCGCCCGGCCCCACACGGACGUGGGGUUGCUGGAGUACCAGCGCACGCCCCGCGACUACGCCGCCCACCUAUCGCCCAGCCCCGUCAUGCAGCCCCAGAGGAGGAGGCCCUCGCUGCUGUCAGAGUUCCAGCCCGGGAAUGAACGGUCUCAGGAGCUCCACCUGCGCCCCGAGUCCCACUCGUACCUGCCCGAGCUGGGGAAGUCUGAGAUGGAGUUCAUGGAGAGCAAGCGCCCGCGCCUGGAGCUGCUGCCCGAACCCCUGCUGCGGCCGUCCGCGCUGUUGGCCACAGGCCAGCCCAGCGGCUCUGAGGACCUCACCAAGGAGCGUGGUCUGACGGGCAAGCUGGAGCCUGUGUCGCCCCCCAGCCCCCCGCACGCCGACCCCGAGUUGGAGCUGGUGCCCCCCCGGCUGUCCAAGGAGGAGCUGAUCCAGAACAUGGACCGCGUGGACCGCGAGAUCAGCAUGGUGGAGCAGCAGAUCUCCAAGCUGAAGAAGAAGCAGCAACAGCUGGAGGAGGAGGCCGCCAAGCCGCCCGAGCCCGAGAAGCCCGUGUCACCCCCGCCUAUGGAGUCCAAGCACCGCAGCCUGGUGCAGAUCAUCUACGACGAGAACCGGAAGAAGGCCGAGGCUGCCCACCGGAUCCUCGAAGGCUUGGGACCCCAGGUGGAGCUGCCGCUGUACAACCAGCCCUCGGACACCCGGCAGUACCACGAGAACAUCAAGAUAAACCAGGCGAUGCGCAAGAAGCUGAUCCUGUACUUCAAGCGGAGGAACCACGCUCGGAAGCAAUGGGAGCAGAAGUUCUGCCAGCGCUAUGACCAGCUCAUGGAGGCCUGGGAGAAGAAGGUGGAACGCAUCGAGAGCAACCCCCGGCGGCGGGCCAAGGAGAGCAAGGUGCGCGAGUACUACGAGAAGCAGUUCCCUGAGAUCCGCAAGCAGCGUGAGCUGCAGGAGCGCAUGCAGAGCAGGGUGGGCCAGCGGGGCGGCGGGCUCUCCAUGUCGGCGGCCCGCAGUGAGCACGAGGUGUCUGAGAUCAUCGAUGGCCUCUCAGAGCAGGAGAACCUGGAGAAGCAGAUGCGGCAGCUGGCUGUGAUCCCGCCCAUGCUGUACGACGCUGACCAGCAGCGUAUCCGGUUCAUCAACAUGAAUGGGCUCAUGGACGACCCCAUGAAGGUGUACCGGGACCGCCAGGUCAUGAACAUGUGGAGCGAGCAGGAGAAGGACACCUUCCGGGAGAAGUUCAUGCAGCAUCCCAAGAAUUUUGGCCUGAUCGCCUCUUUCCUGGAGAGGAAGACAGUGGCCGAGUGUGUCCUCUACUACUACCUGACCAAGAAGAACGAGAACUACAAGAGUCUGGUGCGGCGGAGCUACCGGCGCCGAGGCAAGAGCCAGCAGCAGCAGCAGCAGCAGCAGCAGCAACAGCAGCAGCAGCAGCAGAUGCCCCGCAGCAGCCAGGAGGAGAAGGAGGAGAAGGAGAAGGAGAAGGAGGCGGAGAAGGAGGAGGAGAAGCCGGACCUGGAGACUGACAGGGAGGAGCUGGUCAAGGAGAAGACCGAAGACACCUCUGGGGAGGACAACGAUGAGAAGGAGGCCGUGGCCUCCAAAGGCCGCAAAACUGCCAACAGCCAGGGCCGCCGCAAAGGGCGCAUCACCCGCUCAAUGGCCAACGAGGCCAGCCACGAGGAGGCGGCCACCCCCCAGCAGAGCGCCGAGCUGGCUUCUAUGGAGAUGAACGAGAGCUCACGCUGGACCGAGGAGGAGAUGGAGACAGCCAAGAAAGGUCUCCUGGAACAUGGCCGGAACUGGUCGGCCAUCGCCCGGAUGGUGGGCUCCAAGACGGUGUCGCAGUGUAAGAACUUUUACUUCAACUACAAGAAGCGGCAGAACCUGGACGAGAUCCUGCAGCAGCACAAGCUGAAGAUGGAGAAGGAGAGGAAUGCCCGGAGGAAGAAGAAGAAAGCCCCGGCCGCUGCCAGCGAGGAGGCGGCCUUCCCGCCCGUGGUGGAGGAUGAGGAGAUGGAGGCCUCGGGCGUCAGCGGGAACGAGGAGGAGAUGGCUGAGGAGGCUGAAGCUGUCCACGCCUCUGGGAACGAGGUGCCCAGAGGGGAAUGCAGUGGCCCAGCUGCCGUCAACAACAGCUCUGACACGGAGAGCAUCCCCUCCCCCCGCACCGAGGCCACCAAGGAUGCCGGGCAGAGUGGGCCCCAGCCCCCGCCGGCCCUGGGUGCUGCUGGGACCCCCGCUGAGCCGCCCACCCCUCCGCCUGAGGACGCCCCGGCCCCUGCCCAGCCCACCCCAGCUGCAGAUGCCAGUGGCCCCCCCACGCCCCCACCUGCUCCCGCGUCACCUGCGGUGCCCCCUCCUGCGGCCCCCAAGGAGGAGAAGGAGGAGGAGGCCACCGUGGCACCCCCAGCAGAAGAGAGGGAGGAACAGAAGCCCCCCGUGGCUGAGGAGCCUGAGGGGGACGCGGGGAAGAUGGAAGAGUCUGUCUCAGUCCCCGAGGAGCCCGUGCAGGGUGACUGCAAGGAGGAGGCCGAGGAGGAAGACCCGGACAAGGCCAGGGCUGGGGAGGCCAGCACGGAGGCCGCACCCGAGGGGCCUCUCAAGGUGGAGAAGAAGGAGGGCGGGAGCCGCAGAACCCCUGCCAAGGCCUCGGGCGCCCCCCAGGACAGUGACUCCAGUGCCACCUGCAGUGCCGACGAGGUGGACGAGCCUGAGGGAGGGGACAAGAGCCGGCUACUGUCCCCGAGGCCCAGCCUCCUGACCCCAACCAGUGAUCCCAGGGCCAACACGUCACCUCAGAAGCCACUGGACCUGAAGCAGCUGAAGCAGCGGGCGGCCGCCAUCCCCCCCAUUCAGGUCACCAAGGUCCAUGAGCCAUCCCGGGAGGAGGCAGCGCCCCCUAAGCCAAGUCCCUCUGCCCCAGCGACCCCGCAGCACCUACAGCCGGAGGGUGGCCCUGCCCAGCCGCCCAGCACCAGUCCUCCAGUCAAAAGCAGGAGCCCUGCGCCUCCCGCCGAGAAGGAGGAGAAGCCUGCGUUCUUCCCAGCCUUCGCAGCCGAGGGCCAGAAGCUGCCUGCAGAGCCCCCUUGCUGGACCUCGGGCCUGCCCUUCCCUGUGCCCCCUCGGGAGGUGAUCAAGGCCUCCCCACAUGCCCCGGACCCCUCAGCCUUUGCCUACGCACCACCUGGUCACCCGCUGCCCCUGGGCCUCCACGACGGUGCCCGGCCUGUCUUGCCACGCCCACCCACCAUCUCCAACCCACCUCCCCUCAUCUCCUCCACCAAACACCCCGGCGUCCUCGAGAGGCACAUGGGCGCCAUCUCCCAGGGAAUGUCGGUCCAGCUCCACGUCCCAUACUCCGAGCACGCCAAGGCCCCCGUGGGCCCCAUCAGCAUGGGGCUGCCCCUCACCAUGGACCCCAAGAAGCUUGCGCCCUUCAGUGGGGUGAAGCAAGAACAGCUGUCGCCACGGGGCCAGACUGGCCCACCCGAGAGCCUGGGCGCACCCACGGCCCAGGAGAUGUCUGUGCUGAGAGGGACAUCUCUGGGCUCCGUUGCGGGCGGGAGCAUCACCAGGGGCAUACCCAGCACGCGGGGGCCCUCCGAGAGCCCCAGUGCCUACCGGGGCUCCAUCACCCACGGUACCCCGGCCGACGUCCUGUACAAGGGCACCAUCACCAGGAUCAUCGGCGAGGACAGCCCCAGUCGUUUGGACCGGGCCCGGGAGGACAGCCUGCCCAAGGGCCACGUCAUCUAUGAGGGCAAGAAGGGCCAUGUGCUGUCCUAUGAGGGUGGCAUGUCUGUGUCCCAGUGCUCCAAGGAGGACGGCAGGAGCAGCUCAGGGGCACCCCAUGAGGCGACGGCCCCCAAGCGCACCUACGAUGUGAUGGAGGGCCGUGUGGGCAGGACCAUUUCCUCAGCAGGCAUUGAGGGUCUCAUGGGACGCGCCAUGCCCCCAGAGCGGCACAGCCCCCACCCCCUCAAGGAGCAGCACCACAUCCGCGGCUCCAUCACCCAAGGGAUCCCGCGGUCCUAUGUGGAGGCCCAGGAGGACUACCUGCGCAGGGAGGCCAAGCUGCUGAAGCGUGAGGGCACGCCACCCCCGCCACCACCGCCCCCACGGGACCUGGCUGAGGCCUACAAGACCCGGCCCUUGGAGGCCCUGGGCCCCCUCAAGCUGAAGCCAGCCCACGAGGGCCUGGUGGCCACCGUGAAGGAAGCGGGCCGCUCUAUCCACGAGAUCCCCCGCGAGGAGCUCCGGCGUACCCCUGAGCUGCCCCUGGCCCCACGGCCACUCAAGGAGGGCUCCAUCACCCAGGGCACCCCGCUCAAGUACGACACGGGCUCGUCCUCCACGGGCUCCAAGAAGCACGACGUGCGCUCCAUCAUUGGCAGCCCUGGCCGGACCUUCCCGCCUGUGCACCCACUUGACGUGAUGGCGGACGCACGGGCUCUGGAGCGUGCCUGCUACGAGGAGAGCCUGAAGGGCCGGCCUGGCGCUGUGGGCAGCUCCGGGGGCUCCAUCACCCGUGGGGCCCCGGUCAUCGUGCCCGAGCUCGGCAAGCCACGGCAGAGUCCCCUGACUUACGAGGACCAUGGGGCACCUUUCACCAGCCACCUGCCCCGUGGCUCACCCGUGACCACCCGGGAGCCCACGCCUCGCCUGCAGGAAGGCAGCCUGUCCUCCAGCAAGGCGUCCCAGGACCGGAAGCUGACCUCAACACCCCGCGAGAUCGCCAAGUCCCCGCACAGUGCGGUGCCCGAGCACCACCCGCACCCCCUCUCCUCCUACGAGCACCUGCUGCGCGGCGUGAGUGGCGUGGACCUGUACCGGGGGCACAUCCCGCUGGCCUUCGACCCCACCUCCAUACCCCGCGGGAUCCCUCUGGACGCAGCCACUGCCUAUUACCUGCCGCGACACCUGGCGCCCAACCCCACGUACCCACACCUGUACCCGCCUUACCUCAUCCGCGGCUACCCGGACACAGCGGCGCUGGAGAACCGCCAGACCAUCAUCAACGACUACAUCACCUCGCAGCAGAUGCACCACAACGCGGCGGCCAGUGCCAUGGCCCAGCGCGCGGACAUGCUGAGGGGCCUUUCACCCCGGGAGUCCUCCCUGGCGCUCAACUACGCCGCCGGCCCUCGAGGCAUCAUCGACCUAUCCCAAGUGCCACACCUGCCCGUGCUGGUGCCUCCAACGCCAGGCACCCCGGCUGCCGCCAUGGACCGCCUGGCCUACCUGCCCACAGCGCCCCCGCCCUUCAGCAGCCGGCACAGCAGCUCCCCACUGUCCCCAGGAGGUGCCUUGACCAAGCCGACGGGCACAGCCUCGUCAGAGCGAGAGCGGGAGCGGGACAAGUCCAUUCUCACGUCCACGGCAACUGUGGAGCACGCGCCCAUCUGGAGACCCGGUACGGAGCAGAGCAGCAGCAGCAGCAGCAGCAGUGGUGGCAGCGGGGGUGGGGCCAACAGCAGCCGCCCUGCCCCCCACCCUCAUGGCCAGCAGCACUCGCCCAUCUCCCCCCGGACCCAGGACGCCCUGCAGCAGAGACCCAGCGUGCUGCACAACACGGGCAUGAAGGGCACCGCCACCCCUGUGGAGCCUAGCACGCCCACGGUCCUGAGGUGGGCCAGGUCCACCUCCACUUCCUCGCCUGUCCGCCCAGCUGCCACAUUCCCGCCCGCCACCCACUGCCCGCUGGGAGGCACCCUUGAAGGGGUCUACCCCACCCUCAUGGAGCCUGUGUUGCUGCCCAAGGAGGCCUCCCGGGUGGCGCGGCCCGAGCGGCCCCGUGCGGACACCGGCCAUGCCUUCCUCCCCAAGCCCCUGGCCCGUGAGCCUGCCUCCUCCCCUGGCAAGACCUCCGAGCCCCGGCCCCUCGCGCCCCCCAGCUCCAGCCAUGCGGCGGCCAUCGCCCGCACCCCAGCCAAGAGCCUCGCAGCCCAGCACGCCAGCCCGGACCAGCCGGCGCCGUCCGCCUCGGCCUCGGACCUGCACCGGGAAAAGACUCAAAGUAAACCCUUUUCCAUCCAGGAAAUGGAGCUCCGCUCUCUGGGUAAGACCACCCUGACAGCGGCCACCUUCAUAGACGCGAUAAUCAUGCGUCAAAUUGCUCACGAUAAAGGGCCGCGAGAAGGAGGUUCGCUGGCCGCCGACUCCCCUCGCGAUGGGUACCACGGUGGGUACAGCCCCGAUGGGGUGGAGCCCGUCAGCCCAGUGAGUUCGCCCAGCCUGACCCAUGACAAGGGGCUCCCCAAGCACCUGGAGGAGCUGGACAAGAGCCACCUGGAGGCCGAGCUGCGGCACAAGCAGCCAGGCCCCACGAAGCUCGGCCCUGAGGCUACCCACCUCCCACACCUGCGGCCGCUGCCUGAAAGCCAGCCUGCAUCCAGCCCAUUGCUCCAGACUGCCCCUGGGGUCAAAGGUCACCAGCGGGUGGUCACCUUGGCACAGCACAUCAGUGAGGUGAUCACGCAGGACUACACCCGGCACCACCCGCAGCAGCUCAGCGCACCCCUACCCGCCCCCCUCUACUCCUUCCCGGGAGCCAGCUGCCCCGUCCUGGACCUGCGCCGCCCACCCAGUGAUCUCUACCUCCCACCCCCGGACCACGGCGCCCCAGCCCGCGGCUCCCCCCACAGCGAAGGGGGCAAGAGGUCUCCAGAGCCAAGCAAGACGUCAGUCCUGGGCACCGAGGAUGGCAUUGAACCUGUGUCCCCACCAGAGGGCAUGUCAGAGUCAGGGCACCCCCGGAGUGCCGUGUACCCCCUGCUGUAUCGGGAUGGGGAGCCGGCAGAGCCCAGGACGGGCUCCAAGUCCCCAGGCAACACCAGCCAGCCGCCGGCCUUCUUCAGCAAGCUGACCGAGAGCAACUCGGCCAUGGUCAAGUCCAAGAAGCAGGAGAUCAACAAGAAGCUGAGCACGCACAACCGGAACGAGCCGGAAUACAACAUCGGCCAGCCUGGGACAGAGAUCUUCAAUAUGCCCGCCAUCACUGGAGCAGGCCUUAUGACCUCUAGAAGUCCGGCCGUGCAGGAGCACGCCAGCACCAACAUGGGGCUGGAGGCCAUUAUUAGAAAGGCACUCAUGGGUAAAUAUGAUCAGUGGGAAGAGCCCCCGCCACUCGGCGCCAAUGCUUUUAACCCUCUGAAUGCCAGUGCCAGCCUGCCCGCUGCCGCUAUGCCCAUAACCGCUGUUGACGGACGGAGCGACCACACGCUCGCCUCGCCAGGUGGUGGUGGGAAAGCCAAGGUCUCUGGCAGACCCAGCAGUCGAAAAGCCAAGUCCCCUGCCCCGGGCCUGGCGUCCGGUGACCGACCACCUUCUGUCUCCUCGGUGCACUCAGAGGGAGAUUGCAACCGCCGGACGCCACUCACCAACCGUGUGUGGGAGGACCGGCCCUCAUCCGCAGGUUCCACGCCUUUCCCCUACAACCCCCUGUUCGUGCGGCUGCAGGCGGGUGCCAUGGCUUCCCCUCCUCCGCCCGGCUUCCCUGCGGGCAGUGGGCCCCUCGCUGGCCCCCACCACGCCUGGGAGGAGGAGCCCAAGCCUCUCCUGUGCUCGCAGUACGAGACGCUCUCCGACAGCGAGUGAGCCGGUGGGCACGGUGCAGGUCCCCGCCCGUAGCAGGACGGCCCAGGAGGCAGACAGGUGGCUGCGACGCACCCCACCAAGGAAGGAGCCCCGAGUCUGCCCAUGCGUCCGUCUGUCCGUCCGUCUAUCCACCCGGAGCUGGCAUCCUGCCUGUCUAAAGCCUUAACUAAGACCCCCCACCCUGGCUGGCCCUGCACAGUGACCGUACUCAGGGCACGUUCACCUGGUGCUCGGGAGGGGAGGGGAGGGCAGCAGGCCGGGGAGGGGACACAGUGGGCGCAUGGUGACCACAAGCACGCAGCCGGGGUGACCAGGGACCCGAAAGAGGAUGACCAGGCGCCUCCAUGCCACUGCCUCCCCUUUCUCCAUUUGGAACCAAAGUCUAAACUGAGCUAGCCCCCGCCCCCAUCCUGCUUAGUGCUCGGGACAGACGGACGGGCACUGUCCAGCCUGCAGCGCUCUGUCAGUCCCCAUAGGCUGCCCCACAAGACUGCUGGGAACCACGUCAGACCAGGCGGAGGACGAGAGGGCUGGGCGCAGCCUGGGGCAGCAGAACCACAGGACCUGGAUGUGGCCCUCUCGCCCACGGGGGGGGGGCGGGGCGACGUGUUGGUUUACAGGGUAUAUUUUUGAUACCUUCGAUGAAUUAAUUCAGAUGUUUUAUGCGAGGAAGGACUCACCCAGUAUUAUGCUGCUGUGCUUUCGAUCUCCGCUUACAUUGGGGAGCGUGCAGGCCGACCACCGGUGACCCCUCGUCCACGGGACCCGGGGCGGCCGCCGGCUCACAGCCGCCACGCCCUCCAUCCCUCCCUUCCUUGGGCAGAACGAGUUUGAUGCGUGUUCUGUGGCCACCAUCUGCGCAUGGUGGUGGCCUUAUGUCAUUUACACACGUUGUUCUAAUUAAAAAGCGAAUCAUACUCGA